AUGCUCUUCUCCACCGCCGUCCUCCCCGUCUUCGUUGCCGGCCUCACCGCCGCCGCGACUGUCGAGCAGCGUCAGACCGACCCGACGAACCCGCAGAACCUCAUCAACUGCCCGCCCGGCGGGGGCGCUGAUGCGUGCCACCACGAGACUUCGUGCGACCGCAUCCGUAUCAACUAUGGCUGGGCGCUUAACGGGCACUACAUCUGGUACAACUACAACCCGGACGAUGUUCCGGAUGGCAAGCACAUCGAGGUCGACAAUGAGGGGACCUGCUAA